AAAGUUGUUUCACUCACCCAUUGGCCAUUGCCAUCAAUGCUUGCCUUUUUGUAAAUUACGAGUCUUAAUUCUCUCUUCUCAAGUAAAUCAAAUCUCGCCUCAACGUUUCUCUCUCUAUAACUCAUUUUCUAGUUCAUCUAUCUACCUUCUCCCUCCCUAUUGUAACGAGAAAAUGGGUUCCGAAGGAUCUUCGCAGGUGGUUGUGCCUAGGAAUUUUCGUUUAUUGGAAGAGCUUGAGAGAGGAGAGAAGGGGAUAGGUGAUGGUACAGUAAGCUAUGGAAUGGAUGAUGCUGAUGAUGUGUACAUGCAAUCUUGGACUGGAACCAUCAUUGGUCCUCCUAAUAGUGUACACGAAGGGCGCAUAUAUCAGUUAAAAUUAUUCUGUGGAAAGGAUUAUCCAAAUAACCCACCGAGUGUGAGGUUUCAGACGAAGAUUAACAUGAGCUGUGUCAAUCCUGAAAGUGGGAUGGUCGAACCCAAUUUAUUCCCCAUGCUUGCCAAUUGGCAAAGGGAGUGUACAAUGGAGGAUAUAUUGGUGCAGUUGAAGAAAGAAAUGAUGUCUCCUCAAAAUCGUAAAUUGGCUCAGCCGCCAGAAGGUAAUGAGGAUGGUCGGGUGGACAACAAAGGGGUUGUAAUCAGAUGUUGCAUCCUCUAAUGAGAUCGUGAUCAGUUGUUGCAUGUUGCAUCCUCUAAUGUAGCGCCCCCUUAAUGGAGCAUGUGGCUAUUAAGUGCAUAUAUAAAGUUUAAAAUUCAAUGUAUCAAUGUUAGGUUUUCUAGGAUACAUGUAAACUAACUUCCCAUAUCUAUACAUGGGAUAAAAUUGAAUUUGUGGCUAUUUAUGAUGUAAUUCCUUUGAAUAAUUUGUGUCUGCGACACGACGUUUGAAAGUUGCAUAGGUUAAUUUUUCUUGAAUCGUGUUAGUUUGUUGGCGGUUUGACGACCAUGUGGGGGCAAAAGAAAAGAAUAAGAAAAAACAGAGCUCCAUUAUACAUUGUCGACGGUAUAUUGGAGCUCAAAUCAGCAGGAUAUGAUGUAGAGUUAUUCAAUUUUAAAACUUAGCUCCAAUGAGUGC